AUGGAAAAAACAAAUGAAACCUCUGUGACAGAAUUCUUCCUAAAGGGACUUUCUGGCUAUCCCAGGCUUGAGAUCAUUUUCUUUGUGCUGAUCCUGGUAAUGUAUGUGGUCAUUCUUCUGGGCAAUGGCAUCCUCAUUGUAAUCAGCAUCCUGGACCCCCACCUCCACACUCCCAUGUACUUCUUCCUCAGUAACCUCUCUUUCCUGGACAUCUGCUACACAUCUACCUCUAUUCCUUCAGCCCUGGUAAGCUUCUUAUCUGAAAGAAAAACCAUUUCUUUUUCUGGGUGUGCAGUGCAGAUGUUCCUUGGGUUAGCCAUGGGUACCACAGAGUGUGUACUCCUUGGUAUGAUGGCAUUUGACCGCUAUGUGGCCAUCUGCAAACCCCUAAGGUACCCCACCAUCAUGAGCAAGGCUGCAUAUGUGCCAAUGGCAGCUGGGUCAUGGGUAGUGGGAGGUGUCAACUCACUGGUGCAAACGGUUCUUGUAGUCAGGUUACCUUUCUGCAGAAAUAAUGUCAUCAAUCAUUUCACAUGUGAAAUCCUAGCUGUCAUGAAACUAGCCUGUGCUGACAUCUCUGGAAACGAAUUUACCAUGUUGGUAGCCACUACAUUAUUCAUCUUGACUCCAUUGUUGUUAAUCUUUGUCUCUUACACAUUAAUCAUCUUCAGCAUUCUGAAGAUUCACUCUGCUGAAGGGAGAAGCAAAGCUUUUUCUACCUGCUCAGCUCAUCUGACUGUGGUAAUUAUAUUCUAUGGGACCAUCCUGUUUAUGUACAUGAAACCCAAAUCCAAAGAAUCACUUAAUUCAGAUAAGUUGCAAGCCACAGACAAACUCAUUUCCAUGUUUUAUGGAGUCAUGACUCCUAUGAUGAAUCCUUUAAUCUAUAGUCUCAGGAACAAAGACGUGAAGCAGUCAGUGAAACAUCUACUAGGCAGGAAAUUCUUCAGUAAACAAAUGUGAAUAGCCUUGUGGUUUCAUGCACUAUGUGAUUAAAAACAUGGAGAAUAGAAACUUCAGUAGUUCACCAAUUUGCAGAUUGCAAUAAUCCACACUUGUCCACCCUGCACUGCUUUGUCUAUACCUUCCAAAGGAAGCCUACCUAGUGUACUGUAGACACCCUCCUGGAUUUCUUGGUUUUAUAUGGAUACCAAUGGAAUACA